GGCUGAAUGGAGUCUGUCACUGUGUGGAAUAGGAUGGGUAAGAUUAUUUUCGUUUGCAUCCUUUCAUUAAACAAUCGCCUUGCAGCCUCUACGAUGAAAAAGAUCAAUUGAUACUUAGAUAUCUUUUUUUCUUCUUUUCUUUCAAACUUCUUCAAACUCAACCCUGGAUGUCUUUGAGACAGGAGAUCCUCCUGUUCGUGUCAGGAAAAAAAAAAACAACCCAAGGCACUUGGUUCAAAGCUGCAAAAUCAAAAAUGAUGUAAAAACUUUGGCGAUUAGGAAGACAUCGUCAGCUUAAAGGAGAAUCAGGAAAGCCCGGCGAGCGACUGGAGGUACAAUCCUUGCUCAUGGAUUUCCUUCUUGUGGGUCUCAGUCUGCACUGGCUCCUGAAAAAGCCUUCAGCGUCGGUUGUGUGUGUCCUCGGCGCGUUGUUGGAAAUGUUGCCCGCCGCUGACAGCCUGUGCGCUCAGCAGUGCCGCUGCGACGGGAAGCUGGUGUACUGCGAGUCGCAGAGCCUGAGCGAAAUGCCGCGCAACCUGUCGGGGGUGCAGGGUCUGUCGCUCCGCUACAACAGCCUGUCCGAGCUGCACGACGACCAGUUCGCCGGCUUGCUGCAGCUCACCUGGCUCUACCUCGACCACAACCACAUCUACUCGGUGGAAGCGAACGCCUUCCGGGGGCUGCGCCGGCUCAAGGAGUUGGUGCUCAGCUCCAACAAGAUCACCCAGCUGCCCAAUGCCACUUUCAGGCCCAUGCCAAACCUGCGGCACGUGCAGCUGUCCUACAACAAUCUGCAGGCUCUGGAGCCCGACCUCUUCCAUGGGCUGCGCAAGCUGCAAACCCUGCACCUAAGGUCGAAUGCACUUAAGUUCAUACCGGUCCGGAUCUUCCAGGACUGCCGCAGCCUGGAGUUUCUGGACGUUGGAUACAAUCAGCUGCAAAGCCUAGCGCGGAACGCGUUCGCGGGCUUGUUGAAACUAACUGAACUCCACUUGGAGCACAAUGAUUUGGUAAAAGUAAACUUUGCUCACUUCCCGCGGCUGCUCUCUCUGAGAACCCUCUACAUGCAGUGGAACAAAGUCAGCUUUGUGGUGAAUUCUUUAGACUGGACUUGGAACCAUCUAGAAAAACUAGACCUCUCUGGGAAUGAGAUUGCAUUUAUUGAGUCUUAUGCCUUUGAAGUUGUGCCUAACCUCAAAAUACUUCAGUUGGAUUCAAACCGUCUCACAACCAUUGAGCAGCCAAUUCUGGACUCUUGGAAAUCUCUAACUAGCAUCAGCCUUUCUGGGAACAGCUGGGAAUGCAAUCGGAAUAUAUGUGCUUUGGCCACCUGGCUGAGCAAUUUUAAGGGACACCACGAAGGGAGCCUGUUGUGUGCUAGCCCUGUCCACACCCAGGGCGAAGAGGUACUAGACGCCGUGCAUGGUUUUCACAUAUGUGACGACCCAGUGACAAGCACGGCGACAGUAUCAGGCAGCACCAGCGUGGCGGAGACAGACCAAGAUAUCACAGCAAUCAGAGAUGCCUCUAGCAUGUAUGCCACGCAGGAUACAACGGGAGUAAGAACGACUGAAUUAAUCAGUGUCACCGGUGUGCUUUCUCACGAUCAACAGGAAAACACUAUUCAUGUUCACAAAGUAAUCACGGGCACGAUGGCGCUGCUCUUCUCCUUUCUGAUAGUGGUGCUGGUGCUCUACGUGUCGUGGAAGUGCUUUCCUGCCGGCCUGAGACACUUGAGGCAGUGCUUCGUGACACAGCGCCGCAAGCAGAAACAACAACAAACUAUGCAUCAGAUGGCUGCCAUGUCCACACAGGAAUACUACGUGGACUACAAACCCAAUCACAUUGAGGGGGCUCUGGUGAUCAUCAAUGAUUACGGAUCGUGUUCUUGUCACCAGCAGCCAGCCAGGGAAUGUGAAGUGUGAUUUUGUUUUCCCAUCCCCCCAACUCCCAGCAAAAAACUGGAGGUACAACACACUGCUUGAGGACAUACUGCAGCCGGUGACUGCACGUAUUACAAUACUGAGUGUGAAUGAAUGACACUGUACUGAUUCCACGAAACACUGCACCGGUCUCGUUCAGAAUUCCAAACAAUAUUUAAGCUUCAACGCGUCUUUAAAAUCUUUCAAACAUCCUCUGUUCAACUGUCAUUUGAAAUUUGUAAAGGAUAAAAAAUGUAUCUGUAACUUCCCACCAGUCUCUUAUGAUAUUAAGUCCACCUGUAAGGUCUGGGAAUAAGAGGGAGUACUC